UACUCCACUUGUGCAAACAUCCUCUUUCUCCAUUCCUCUCUCUCAUCUCUCUCUCUCUCUCUCUCUCUCUCUCUCUCUCUAGAAUACAACAUUCAUUGCAAUCAGUUUUCUAUAUCUAUCAACUGUUGUUCUCGUUGGAUUCUCAUGACUUAAAUGGCGUCUUAGAUCUACUAACUUCGCCUAAUUUUGCCUCUUGAGGUGAAUGAAGCUUAAAGACUUGUCAGUAAGGAGGAAUAGAGAGUUUGCAGAUCUAAACAUACCAAUCUAUGUUGACUACGUAAUCGGAUUUUAUCCCAGAAAUGUUAUCAGAUACGCCUCCCAACCGAGGUGUUUACAUAACUCGAUAAGGUUGUCGGCAACCGCCAACUGAAUGGACAGGUCAGACACAUCAGGCUUUGUGAGUGGUGGAGCUAGUGCUAGCCUAUUGGAAACCUUUCUAUUUCUGUUCAUCUUAAUUUACAAAUCUUUGUAGCUGUCAUAAUUAUUCCCCUAAACUAACCACAACCUCUUCAAAGUUCAAAUCCUUCAUAGCAAUGGUUUACAGUAACCCCAAAAUGGAUCUCAACAAUAGUCUAGCAUUUGUUUCUUGUAAUGGUAACAGCAAUACCACAUUAAGUUUAGACUGCUUCGGUUAUGGUGGAAACACGGGUCCCAGACAUGAAACCGCCUGUGAAAAAUCGAAAGAGCAGAACACGAACAUCGCACCCGAUGACGGAUGCAGGCUGGUCCUCGGGUUAGGACCCACCCCAAGUGUAUAUUCUAAUGAUUAUUAUUCAAGCUCAACUAAAAAGCCAGCCUCGGUUUCCAACACAGGGUUGUCGUGCGAGGGUGGUGAUUCGGUACUCAAACUUGGUCUUUCGGAUCAUUGUUUUACAUCAGUGAACGACGUAUCAUGUUAUUCUCAGAAAGUUAUCGAUGAGGGUUCGACGUCUGCGAAGAAAUCAGGUGGCUAUAUGCCAUCACUGCUUCUGGCUCCGCGGAUGCAAAUGCACAAUCUGUUGGAGCCAGGGGAGAACUCGUAUCAUGGGCCGCAGUUAAGCUCAGAGCCAUCGGCUAUCUCGGAUUAUUCUAUGGGAACAAUGUCCGACCAUCAAACCGGCAAUUCGAAGAAAUGUAGGUUUGAUGGGUGCACGAAAGGGGCUAGAGGUGCUACAGGGCUCUGUAUCGGUCAUGGUGGCGGUCAAAGAUGUCAAAAACCGGGGUGUAAUAAAGGCGCGGAGAGUCGAACUGCAUACUGUAAGGCUCAUGGUGGAGGCAGGCGGUGUCAGCAUCUCGGCUGUACGAAAAGUGCAGAAGGUAGGACGGAGUUUUGCAUAGCUCAUGGUGGUGGGAGGCGGUGUGGCCAUCCGUCGGGCUGCAGUAAAGCCGCUAGGGGCAAGUCGGGUCUGUGUAUUAAACACGGUGGUGGAAAGAGGUGUAAAGUGGAGGGAUGCACUCGCAGUGCCGAAGGACAGAUCGGUCUGUGCAUUUCGCAUGGUGGAGGCCGGCGGUGCCAGUUUCAAGGGUGCAGUAAGGGAGCUCAGGGAAGCACUAUGUAUUGUAAAGCUCAUGGUGGCGGAAAACGUUGUGUUUUUGCGGGUUGUACCAAGGGUGCUGAAGGUAGUACCCCGCUUUGUAAAGCCCACGGUGGCGGAAAACGAUGCCUUUAUGAUGGUGGUGGCAUUUGCCCGAAAAGCGUCCAUGGUGGGACUAACUUUUGCGUUGCUCAUGGUGGCGGCAAGAGGUGUUCUGUCCCCGGUUGUACUAAAAGCGCGCGAGGCAGAACCGACUGCUGCGUGAAGCACGGUGGCGGGAAGCGGUGCAAAUUCGAAAACUGUACCAAGUCUGCUCAAGGCAGCACUGACUUCUGCAAAGCCCACGGUGGCGGAAAGCGGUGCAACUGGGGCGGAGAAGGGAAGUGUGAGAAGUUUGCCAGGGGGAAGAGUGGGUUGUGUGCGGCCCAUGCUAGUAUGGUCCAGGAAAAAGAAGCUAACGUAAACAAAAGGGGCGGUUUCGGAAUCGGUCCUGGACUCUUCCAUGGGGUUGUUCAAGCGCCAGCUUCAACUGUCAUGAGCAGCUUUGACAACACAUACUCUUCAUCAGGAGUCAGCAUUGUUUCCGACUCCAUCGACUCACGCGAAAGGCCGACUAAACGGCAACAGUUGAUCCCACCACAAGUACUGGUUCCACCAUCGAUGAAGCACCCAUUUUCAUCAUCAUUUACAAUGCAGUUGAGCUCGGAUCAUGGCGGAGAAAGAAGCGAAAAUGGCAACAGUAGGAAGAGUUUGGAGUUUGUGGUUCCGGAGGGGAGGGUUCACGGUGGCGGUCUGCUAUCAUUGCUCGGAGGAAACUUGAAGAAUGCCACCAUUGAUGGGGUGUGAUGAAGUUUAGAUUGUUAAAGUUUCAAAUUUUAGGCAAGUGUUUUGAUUUUUUAAGGUGGUUUGUAUGUGUGUAUAAAUGCCUUUAAUAGGUGAACAUUUCCUGUUAAUGUUGUUGUAUCAUAACAAUAAGAAUGUGGUGUUUUCUUUUUGUUGUAUAUUAUUACCAUUACUAUUAUAACUAAGCUUAUUUUUAUGUC